CACCAGACGAAGCAGAAGCGCAUAACGGAUAACGACGGACAAACAGAAAAGCAGGAAAAGUCCAAGACGUCUUAUACACGCUCAAAUGUAAUCUUUAUACGUAACUCUAAAGCACGCCGAUACAAAAAGUGUAGCUUAGAAAGCGCCACACAUAAUAUGGCGGCAUACCGCAACCAACUUCCGUUCCUUAGGAAGAGACGCACAACCGGAACUUGAGUAUCACGUGAGAUGCGAAGCUUUCCUGCUCGACAGUAAAACAUUGCGCCUGCGCGUUGGGCUGGUGGACUGGUUUCCUGUACUGUAGCACGUUUGCUGAACGAUGGCAGCACCCGGGAGUGUGGAGGAGAUGCGGAACCGCGUGGUUUUGGGCGAGUUCGGUGUUCGCAAUGUCCACACAACAGAUUUUCCUGGGAAUUAUUCAGGAUACAAUGAUGCUUGGGAUAAGCAAAGAUUUGAAAAGAAUUUCAGAGUAGAUCCGAUCCAUAUGAAUGAAAGUACUUUGGAAUUUGACAUGGUGGGGAUUGAUGCAGCCAUUGCUAAUGCUUUCCGACGGAUCUUGCUUGCUGAGGUGCCUACCAUGGCUGUAGAGAAAGUCUUUAUAUACAACAACACCUCCAUCGUACAGGAUGAAAUCCUAGCUCACCGUUUGGGACUGAUCCCUAUUUGUGCAGAUCCUCGUCUCUUUGAGUACAAGAGUGAAGAAGAUGAAUGUGAUGAAAUUAACACACUGCAGUUCCGGUUGAAAAUAAAAUGUAGCAGGAAUCCUCAGGCGGCUAGGGAAUCAUCUGAUCCCAAUGAGCUCUACAUCAACCAUAAAGUUUACACCAAACACAUGGAGUGGGUACCACUAGGAUCUCAAGCAGACAACAUGAAUGCAAAUUUCCGACCUGUCCAUGAUGAUAUCCUCAUUGCUCAGUUGCGUCCUGGCCAAGAGAUUGAUGUACUUAUGCACUGUGUAAAGGGAAUUGGUAAAGAUCAUGCCAAAUUUUCUCCAGUAGCCACGGCCAGUUAUCGUCUGUUGCCAGAAAUCUCUUUAUCACAACCUGUUGAAGGUGAAGCAGCUGAGCGGCUGAAAAAGUGUUUUUCUUCUGGAGUUAUUGAGAUUGAGGAAAUCAAAGGGAAGAAAGUAGCAAGAGUAGCUAAUGCUCGAUUGGAUACACUCAGCAGAGAAAUUUUUCGUCACGAUGACUUGAAAAACCUUGUACGUUUGGCUCGGGUACGAGAUCAUUACAUCUUCUCUGUAGAAUCAACAGGCAUCUUGCCUCCAGAUGUGCUGGUGAGUGAAGCAAUCAAGGUACUAAUGGGAAAAUGCCAGCGCUUCUUAGAAGAGCUAAAAUGCAUCCAGAAGAAAUAAGCUUAGGAACACAAAGACUCUUGUGGGGAAAUACCAUUAUCAAAAUCUCUACGCCUGACUUGAAGAGGAAUAAUUUCAAUCAAGAUUGUAUCAGCCUGGAAGAACACAACUACCUUUCCAAGAGAUGUCAAAGAAUAACAGAAGUUGCUGCAUUGUCCUAUUGUUAGGUAUACAUCUUAGACACAACUGAAAUUCACGCGUAUAAUGCAGUGCCCUGUGUACUAUUUGCAGUCUGAUGGUGGUGGAUAAAUGUCAUCCUUUGAUAAGGUUGUGCAAGCAUGGGCACAUGGUGGCUGCUGGAAUGAACUGCACAACUUCCUGUGUUACUCUUAGUUUCCAUUAAAGACUACAGCAGUGGUGUGGAAGUCCUACCUCUGUGUAGUGGAUCACCUGUUACAUAGUACCUUUUCACUGAUCUCGUACUGUGUACUACUGACUCAGUUUCAAGAUCUAGCGCAUAGUUGUUACUCUGAUGCCCAUAAUUCCUUCCAGUCAGCAAAACACACCAGGUCAGUGUUUGUCUAUGCCUGAACUGCUGCACCAUUCUCUGCUUCAAUAUUCAUGAAAAUGCUCCUGGAUUCCAGCAGGAACUUACAUCCUGUUAACUAGCAUUAUUUAGUAUCUUUAUGCAUAUAGGGACGCGGUGGCGCUGCGGGUUAAACCGCUGCGCUGCUGAGCUUGCCGAUCGGAAGGUCGGCGGUUCGAAUCCGCGCGAUGGGGUGAGCUCCCGUUGCUAGUCCCAGCUCCUGCUCACCUAGCAGUUCGAAAACAUGCAAAUGUGAGUAGAUCAAUAGGUACCGCUUUGGUGGGAAGGUAAUGGCGUUCCGUGUCAUGCCGGCCACAUGACCACGGACGGGUCUACGGACGCCGGCUCUAAUGGCUUAGAAACGGAGAUGAGCACCGCCCCCUAGAGUCAGACACGACUGGACUUUACGUCAAGGGAAACCUUUACCUUUACUAUGCAUAUAUAUGCUGGUUUAAAAUAUUUAUGGAUGUCCUUUCAGUAUAUUCAUUUUAAAAGGUUACUUUUUAGUUACUGGGACACAUUUCUCUUCGAAGUAGGGAAAGACAUUCUGAAUAUUCCUCCUACCCUAAGUAUUCUCUUGGGAUUCCAACUGUUUUCAAAGUUCAGGAAGUAGGUUUCAGCCAGCUUCUGGCAAAACCUGAAUAUCCUUCCUCUGUUUAAUCCAUCAUUUAUUGAAAGAAUUUCUAAAUUGAAACAGGCAGGAGAGAAAAUGCCUGUUGAUAAAGUUGUCGAAUAAGAAAAAUUAAGCUGUAAGAAACAGAGGCAUUUUCUCUUAACAUGAAUAUUGUUACGUAUAAGUGUUUCAACUAUGUGAGCUACGCAUAUAGCCUCUUGUAGCAUCUAGUAUUAUGGAAAAAGUAAAAGGCACAGGACACUGAUUGCUUGGGUUCCUUGCAAUAUUUUGUCAUCAGAAAAUUUAUUUUUAAUCUUUUGAACAGCCCUAUUAGCCAGCUUUUGAAAAACUCGAGUUGUCCAACUUUAAAAACAAUGCAUAAUUUUUACCCCAAAUUUAAAAUGACGUAUUUGACUAUAUUCAAUAAGGCAAGGCAAAGCAUUAAUAGAAAAGUUGUUUCACACAGUGUUUGCACAAGCAAAGUACUUCUUGAAGCGUUGAAGCACCUGCAAAUUUUGCAGUGCUGCUUUGGAGUCUUUGCCUACUUAUGCAUGUGUAAAGUUUGCUACCAGUCUCAGUGAAAAUAUUUGUACAUGCACAAUCAGGUACAUCUUUUGAAGGAGUUGACUGAGGCUUCCAAAGGAUGUAGCUGCUUUAAUGCGUUGAAGAAGAGUGCUUCAGUCAGGGUAGCAUACUUCAAAUUAAAUAUACAGACUUAGGUGCAAUUCUCAUUUUGCAGUGUUUGACCCAGAGAGCCAUUGUGGUUGUGGUGAUGUUCAAAGAAGGCUUGGAAAGAAUCAAUGCAGAGACAGAACAGCAAUAUUUGUAUAAAACAGACUUUUACUGACAUUGAUUUGGAGACAUCUUCAGAUACAACAUCCCUACAAAAAAUCCUGUUUUUUUAAAUGCUUCUAUUACGGGUACAGUAAGUUAAAAUGUAAUCAAGACACAAUAAAUACAGUUAGGCUAGAUUCCAAAGCUAUUUAGCAGGGGAAUUUUGUUUAAAUAAAAGUUACACUGAGAUCAAGAUUAUAGGGGAAACAAGUCAGAGUGGAGUCUGACUACUAGUGAGGGUCUGAAUACCAACAUUAAGACCUGUUUUCUUGUCCAUGUAACCAGAUGUGUAUACUACUAAGCCACUUAAUUGAAAACAACGUUCUGUUGUACCUGUAGUCAAGCUAUUAGCAGUCACUAAGGAAAGACCUUCUAGUUGAUACUAAUUCUUCAGACUGAAAAUUAAAAUCUGGCAAAUUUACACCAGCAUUC